AUGGCAAGUUGGCGGUCCGGCGCGGGUACAACGUUGCCGGUGUCGUGGCCACGGAACGCCAGCGGCUCGAGCCCGAGUCUUUCAACGGAGGUUGAAACUGGUACGCCCGCUGCCGCGUCAAAGUUGGAUAGACAUCAAACCGUACAUGCGGAACGAUCGCCAACGAUCUCACUACGAGAAAGCGCGUUUUCGGUGGAGCCCGUGUCGUCUGCGGCGGUGGCCCAGUCGACGUGUCCACGGAAACCUCAGACGUUCGCAGAGCCGCCAGCACCGUCUCCAAAGAACGCGGUCGGUAGCGAGACCAGUGUACCACAUGAACAGAUAGAACGACGCGCUCCAGUGGUGCACGCUUGCGCCGGUGACGCACUUGGUCGUACCACCAGCACCAGAGCACGUUUGCAGGACAACUUGCCUCUAGCGCUCCAGCAUAUGCUCGCAGGCGGGGCCGCAGGUCUUGCCGAGCACAUCUGUCUUUAUCCGGUAGACUUGGUCAAGACGCGGAUGCAGUCGUAUCAUGGGCAGGCAGGCUUUGCCAGCUACACCAUUAUCAGCGCUGUUCGAGCUAUUUGGCGGGACGAAGGCGGUCUCCGUGCGCUCUGGCGUGGAGUUGGUGCAGUGGCGUUGUCGGCAGGUCCUGCACAUGCCGUCUAUUUUGCAACCUAUGAGGCUUUGCGAGCUCGCUUUGUAUCCUUAGCCGCUAUUCGUGGUAGUGGCUCCGUACCGGAAGUCGCAUGGACGACAGAACGACGAGGAGGUUUGUCGGAGCCGGUUGCCGUGGCUGCAGCAGGCGCACUUGCGACGGUAUUCAGCGAUGGACUCAUGGCGCCUUUCGAUGUGGUUAAGCAGCGUAUGCAAAUCGAGCGACACUACCGCUCAGUAUGGGAUACUUUGCUUCGAGUUUACCGGGAGCAGGGAGGGUUUCGCGCGUUGUACGCCGGAUACAGCACGGCGCUGGUAAUGAAUGUGCCUUUCAGUGCAACGUACUUUAGCGUUUACGAGGCAUGCCGUGAAGCGCUAUCACUUUUGAUUUCGUCCGAGGACAUGACUACCCGCCAGCAGUCUCCAUCAAACGGUUUCGCGCGGCAUGGUGUGCACUUUGUGAGUGGCGCUAUCGCUGGUGCGGCUGCCGCAGGCAUGACCAACCCGUUGGAUGUGGUGCGAACGCGUCUCCAAACGCAAGGCGAAGCAGGGGCACGACGUUAUCGGAACAUGUGGGUAGCGUUCCGGGCAGUGGCUCUGGAGGAGGGUGCUCGCGGCCUCUGGGCCGGUCUCGUACCUCGCAUGCUUUUUCAUGCCCCGGCCGGCGCGAUCGCUUGGACUACGUUUGAGUUGGUGAAGCGUGCCUUUGGCCUGGAUAGCACCUUGGAUGCUUUCGUGGACUAG